GGUGUCUCUGGCUGCGGAUCAGGCGUACUCGUUAGGCCUGUUGAACUUCAGCAGCACGUGUGUGUCGGCGGCGUGUGUGUGUUUCUGCGAGCUGCUGGGUGUCUGUAGCCUCAAGCUGAGGGUGGAUCUGCGCGUGCUCAGCCUCGUCCUCAGACUCUGGACUCAGACCUGCGAGGACCACAGAGACGCCGCUUCACUGCAGCAGGAGCUCGUGGAAAAGGCUGGGAAGCUGGUCAACGGUGAGAAACGAAGCGCUCAGGAGCUGCUGGUUCAUCUGGAGACGGCAGUCAGAGACGCUCUGGAGAAGAAAGGCAUCUGUCGAUCGUCGUACGAGGCGGCGCUGGAGUGGGCACUUCCUGUCCAGUUCUGUCACCUGCACGCUCUUCCUCUAAGCCCCGCCUUCCCACAGGACUGCGCUCGUGACGGGCAGUGGCUCAACUUCCUGUUGUUUGUACAGCUGCACAAUUACCCGCUACGACAG